AUGCCCCACGCCGACUCCAGCUACGUUCCAGACGAUAUCAAAACAAAGAAGGAAUUCUACGACCACGUCGUGGCUCAUUUGGAGGCUCUGCUGGAAGGAGAACGAUAUUGGGUUACCAACCUCGCUCAAGCGUCUGCCAUUCUCUACCACUCCUUCCUGGCAUCUCCUCUGUACGGAGGUGAUGCCCUCACGCCGGUUGUGAACUGGACAGGAUUUUACCUUCAUCCUCCAUCCCACCCCAACAUUUCAGCAGACUCCCCUCUCCUUCUCGGCCCAUACCACGGCCGCCCAGCCUGCUUGUCCAUCACGCCAACCCCGGGCAAAGGCGUAUGCGCCGACGCCUUCCUUACCCAAAAGACCCUUAUUGUACCAGAUGUCGAAGCAUACCCAGGACACAUUGCUUGUGAUGGAGACACAAAGUCGGAAGUGGUCGUGCCGCUGAGAAAUGGUGAAGGGAAGGUUAUCGGGGUGUUGGAUUUGGAUUCGACCAAGCUGGAUACUUUCGGAGAGGAAGACAGAUUAGGACUGGAGAAAGUUGCGGAUGCCCUUGCCAGAGAUUGUGACUGGCAAUAG